UCCGCGCGCGUGAGCACGUGUGCGUUCGGACGAAUCUCCUCCUACUGCUCCGGAAGGAGAAGUGAGGCGGUGCCGGAAGAUGGCGGCCUGGGGGCGGCUGUUUCUGUCCGUUCCACAAACGAGCCUGGCUGCUGUCAGAUGCGCUUCUAAGAAAUCCGGGGGCAGCUCAAAAAAUUUGGGUGGUCGCAGCCCCGGGAAGCGCUACGGAGUGAAAAAGUUAGAAGGUACAUUUGUGCAUGCAGGCAACAUUCUGGCUACUCAGCGAUUGAUACGCUGGCACCCAGGGGCUCACGUGGGGAUGGGCCGGAACAAGACGCUCUACGCCCUGGAGGACGGGAUUGUGAGAUACACUAAAGAGGUCUAUGUGCCCCCCCCCCGCAGCAGCGAGAGCAGGGAGGUGAUCUGCUCUCUGCCCAAAGGAGCGAUUCUUUACAAAACCUUCAUCAGUGUUAUCCCUACCACGAAAGUAGGAAGCUUUAAGCUGGUCACCAUGCUCUGAGUCUCCCGUGUGACACAGGAGUGGAUGGGAGGAAGCAGCUGGGACAGAGCGCUACAGCUGGACUGCCGUCUGAGAAGGACAAGAAAACCUUGCUCUGAAAUUAGCUGUGCUUUGCUCUCUUGCUCCCAGAGCACACGCAGUAGGUGUUUGGGCAUUGGAAUCAUCUGCUGGCCGCUGUAAGUGUUCAAUAAAUGCACUGGAGUUCUUGAGGGUCUUGACUGUUCA